AUGCCAUUCCGUGUUGCAACUGCCAUGCCCAAACGCGCUCCCUGUGUGUCAUUCCGUGACGCCAUGAGUCCAUGUCUGACGCUGUCAGCUGCACCACCCAGGCCACGCUCAAUGUGCUCAUUGUGGCCCGGUUCCCCCUCCCCCCUCCGUGCAUGCGUGGAACGUGUGUGCAGUGUGCUGGCAAACAACCGGUUUGAGGGCAAGGUGCCGUUUCAGUGGGGGCAGCUGCAGGACCUUGAAACGCUGGAUUUGAGCAGCAACAACAUCAGUGGCACCAUCCCUCUGUCCCUUGCUCACUGCACCCGCCUCCAGACGCUGGGGCGGUGCAGCGCGGUGCAGCAGCGGCACGGCGCCCCUCCGCGCAUUGAGCAGCGCCGUGCGUGCGCGCAUGGGCAGGUGGAGCUAUGCACGUGUGACAACGGCGCGCAGGGGCAGCGCGCAUGCCUGGACGGCACGGGCUUCACUGCUUGCAUGUGCCCCACGGGUGAGAUGCGCGGUGUGGGCAAGGGAAGCGAGAGGUGGAGGGUGGGUGAGAGAUUGGGAGCUGUAACCGCGGAUGGGGGGAGUGGGGACCGUGCGGGGGGCGUGGGGAGCAGUGCACUGGCGACCGCUGCUGCCAUUGCGAGGCGGCUAGCCGGACCCACAGCUACGCAUCUCACAAUGCGGCAGUUCACCCUGGACGAGCUCUCACGGGCCACUAACGCCUUCCACGCGGACUCACUCCUCGCCACGCAUGGCACCUGCCGCUCCUUCACCGGCCACCUCCCCCCAUCGCUCCUCUCCGCCUCCGCCUCUGCCUCCUCCUCCGCUUCCUCCGCCGCCGCACCUUCCACAGCAGCGGCCACACAAGGGGAGGGCAGUGAGGGCACGGCAAUAGUGAUCAAGGAGGUGGAGGGGUCGGACGGCGAGACAGCAGCAGCGUUUGCAGCGGCCGUGGAGGUGUUUGCAUUCGUGCGCUGCCCGCACCUCGUCGAGGUGCUCGGCUGCUGCUGCACCCCCCUGCCCGCCCCUGCUGCUGCUGCUGCUGCUGCCGCUGGUGGUGCUGCUGGUGGGGUUGUUGGAGGUGUGAAUGGUGGGAGUGGGAGUGGAGCAGGCAGGGGUGCCAAGGUGCUGGUGUAUGAGAUGGCACCCAAUGGCACACUCGACAUGCACCUGCAUGACCUGGAGGCGAGCAUGUCGCCCCUGCCAUGGUCCACGCGCAUGGCCAUCUGCCUUGACGUCGCCAAGGGGCUAGCCUACCUGCACGCCAUGACGCCCCAGAUGACCCACGCAGCACUGACGACAGGGAGUGUGGCGCUGGACGGGGCCAUGCGUGCCAAGCUCGCUGACUACUGCCUGCCGCUGCUCCUCUCCCACCCCCGCUCCCCCGCCGCCACUGCUGGUGCUGGCAGCGCCAACCGGGGCGCUGCUGCCUCCGCGCAUUCGGCAUCUGUCAACAUGGCGGUGGCAGCGGGCACAGCAGCACCGGAGCUGGCAUGGUUAACGGAGGCAACACCACGUGUGGACGUGUACGCGUUCGGUGUGCUGCUGCUGGAAGUGAUCUCGGGCCGACGCCCCCUCGAUGCCACGCGCCCACCCAACGAGCAGAGCCUCGUGCACUGGGCCAAGGCGCGGUUGACACAGCGGUCACUGGUGGAACGAAUGGUGGACCCGCUCAUUGCACGCGCCAUCUCCACCCCUGCACUCUACCAGGUGGCAGUGCUGGCAUCGCAGUGCAUCCAUUCGGACCCCGACAUGCGGCCCACCAUGCUGCAUGCAGUGGAGGUGCUCUCACGCGUGCAGUCACUGCCUCUCGAUGCCGGCACGCCUCACUCCGCACACCACCUGCCCACCGUUUUCAAGCGCACCUCCGAAGACCGCACCCACAAGCCAUAG